GCCGACUCGGCUUAAGUAAGCUCCCAAACCAAACCAAACCCUAAUCCUCACUCAUCUUUUUCCAUUUCAUGUUACAAUUGUUUUCUAUCAUUUGCGGUUAAUUUUCCAUUUCAUUGACCAUUGAUAGCAUCUACUUAAUCGGUUACUGGUUGUGGCAGUAUGCUUAGAGCUGUUUGUUAUUGCUGAAGAUUCUGUACACAAUGGAUUUGGUUUCUAGUUGUAAGGAAAAAUUGACAUUUUUCCGUGUAAAAGAUCUCAAAGAUGUGCUUACUCAGUUAGGGCUUUCAAAGCAGGGAAAGAAGCAGGAUCUUGUUGAUAGGAUAUUAUCUAUUCUCUCAGAUGAACAAGUUCCCAAAGUACGGGCUAAGAAGAACGCUGUUGAAAAAGAACAAGUGGUAAAAUUAGUGGAUGAAACAUAUAGAAAAUUACAGGUAUCUGGGUCCACUGAUUUAGCAUCAAAGGGGCAGGGUGGCUCAGACAGCAGUAAUGUGAAAAUUAAAGGUGAAAUUGAUGACUCCUUUCAAUCAGAUACAAUGGUUCGCUGUCUCUGUGGAAGUUCAUUGGAAACAGAUCUAUUGAUCAAGUGUGAAGAUACAAGAUGCCCUGUGUCGCAGCAUAUCAACUGUGUUAUUAUUCCGGAUAAACCCGUUGACAUUGAAGGAAUCCCGCCAAUUCCAGAUAAAUUCUAUUGUGAAAUAUGCCGUCUCAGUCGUGCAGACCCGUUUUCUGUUUCAAUGCAACACCUUUUACUUCCGGUGAAGUUGACUACAACUAAUAUUCCAACUGAUGGAACCAACCCUAUGCAGAGUGUUGAGAAAACAUUUCAAUUUACAAGAACAACCAAGGAAUUAGUAUUAAAAUCGGAAUUUGAUAUUCAGGCAUGGUGCAUGCUUCUGAACGACAAAGUUUCAUUUAGGAUGCAAUGGCCACAAUAUGCAGACCUACUAGUCAAUGGUUUUCCUGUUCGUGCAAUUAAUAGACCUGGUUCACAAUUGCUUGGGGCUAAUGGCCGCGACGAUGGUCCAAUUAUCACACCAUACGCAAAAGAAGGAAUUAAUAAGAUUUCCUUAACGGGGUGCGACACUCGCAUUUUCUGUUUAGGAGUUCGCAUUGUUAAAAGGCGCAGCUUGCAACAGAUCCUGAGCUUGAUUCCAAAAGAGUCCGAUGGUGAGCAUUUUGAAGAUGCUCUUGCACGUGUCUGUUUUCGUGCUGGGGGUGGAAAUUCAGCUGAUGAAGCUGGUAGUGACAGUGAUCUAGAAGUGGUUUCGGAUACUUUUAGCAUCAACCUUCGUUGUCCAAUGAGUGGGUCAAGAAUGAAGAUAGCAGGAAGAUUUAAACCGUGUGUUCACAUGGGUUGUUUUGAUCUUGAAGUUUUUGUGGAAAUGAACCAACGUUCAAGAAAGUGGCAAUGCCCCAUAUGUCUCAGAAACUAUGCAUUGGAGAAUAUCAUUAUUGAUCCUUAUUUCAAUCGUAUCACUUCUAUGAUGAAAAAUUGUGGAGAAGAGUUUACAGAGGUGGAAGUGAAGCCUGAUGGUUAUUGGCGCGUCAAGGCUAAAAAUGAAAGUGAAUAUCGUGAGUUAGGGGAUCUUGCUCAAUGGCACUGCCCUGAUGGAUCCCUCUCUGUUUCUACAAGUGGAGAAGACAAGAAAGUGGAGACUUUGAAGGUCAAACUGGAAGGCGUUCCAGACAGUCCUACUGGCUUAAGACUUGGCAUUAGGAAGAAUUGUAAUGGAGUUUGGGAAGUCAGCAAACCCAAGGACACAAACACCUCUUCUGAUAAUAGAUUGAAUGCGAAUUUUGGAAAUCAUGAACAUGUGGUUAUUCAAAUGAGCAGCAGUGGCACUGGAAGUGGAUUGGAUGGUGAUGAUCCAAGCGUAAAUCAGGAUGGUGGUGGGCAAAUGGAUUAUUCUACUACCAAUGGGGUUGAGACGGAUUCUGUGUGUCAUGCAAAUGUUGAGUCAAAUUAUGGAUAUACUGUUCCUAACACUUCUGCUCCAAUGAGUAAUGCAGAAGUUAUUGUUCUUAGUGAUUCUGAUGAUGAUGAUAUAUUAGUGUCUCCACCAAUUGGUUGCGAACAUAAUCAAACUGGUGAUGCAGUUGAUGUUUACUCAGUGCCUCCUCCACCUGGAAUUAUCGAUCCAUAUGCAGAAGAUCAUAAUGUUGGUGGAAAUCCAUGCUUAGGAGGUUUUAAUAAUCCCAGUGAAGACGAUUUUGGGAUUCCCUCCCUCUGGCCGAUGCAUUCUGGAACACAAGCAAGCUCGGGAUUUCAACUAUUCAGUUCUGAUGUGGAUGUGUCUGAUGCAUUGGUCCAUGGUGAUAUUAAUUGUUCCUCAUCACUGAAUAGCUAUACGUUGGCUCCAGACACUGCUCUGGGAUCUAGUGCUCUAAUACCAAAUGCAUCCAUUGAUCGGUCUGACACUGAUUUAAAUGGUGGCUUGGUUGACAAUCCAUUGGCAUUUGGUGGAGAGGAUCCCUCGCUUCAGAUUUUUCUCCCUACUAGACCAGCGGUUUCAUCUGUGCAGCAUGAAUUAAGAGAUCACACAGAUGUGUCAAAUGGUGUCUGUACAGAGGAUUGGAUCUCUCUUAGGCUUGGGGAUGGGGCUGGUGGCAGUAAUGGGGAUGGUUCCACACCAAAUGGUUUGAAUUCCAGACCACAAAUUACAUCCAGAGAAGAUGCCCCAGAUUCUUUAACUGAUACUGCUUCUUUGCUUCUUGGUAUGAAUGAUGCCAGAUCUGACAAAGCAAGUAGGAAAAGAUCAGAUGGCCCUUUCUCAUUUCCCCGCCAAAAACGUUCAGUAAGGCCUCGCUUGUAUCUUUCUAUUGAUUCAGAUUCGGAGUAGAAGGUAUUACACCUCUAUUAGCUUUAGACGCCCUUACUGCUGCAUUUUGUACCUAGAAACUGAAGAAAGUUAGAGCAGCAUUUUGGGUCCUCAGGAAGUGAAAGUUGCUGUGUUCUGAAAUGUCUCUGUUGGAGCAGCACUGCAAAAUUUUACCCCAGUAAAAUCCCGUUUCUGUAUGGUGUUAUUUCCCUAAUGGGAAAGAAAGAUGUUGGCUGCAAGUGUCCUCAGUUAUAUACUCUGAUAUUUUCAGAGUUGUUCUAAUGACACAUGAUAGUGCUGGUUUUGUUGCGAUGGGCAUUUGGAUUUUAUCGUUCAAACGCUCUGAUAUGGUGGAGUGUUUGUUCCCCAUUAAAAUUAUAUCGGCAAUUUUGGCUCUGCUGCUGAUAGCGAAUUCAAUAGUAAAAUCAAAGAUAGUUUUUAUUAUUUACGCCACCCAGGUAGCUGCUCGCUUUUGUAAUAUAUAUAUGAUUGCUAAUAUAUUGUAACAUACUUAGGGACUAGAGUGGCUUCCUGGAUAGCAAAAUUUUACGAGGAUCAACAUUUCCUCCGUUGUUGUAUUAUUGCUCGCCGUGUUAUCGCUCUUUGGAACACAGCUCGAACAGCUAGUUAAAUUGUUGUAAUAUAUAUUCGAGCCUCAAUGUGGUGGAAAUUCGAGUAUCUAUCUGCGCUCAUGUGUUGAAAAGAAAGGAGAAAUUGAUGCGAUAUCUCUUUCUUUGACACAAAAUUGAUCCAUUGAUGUUAAUCUAUUAGCUUCAAGUUGAUUAAAUGAAAUGCAGUCGAAUUUAAUGAA